CUUGUACAUAGUCAAUACUGCGGUCCGGAAGCAGAAGGCCGUACCUUAGAGAGUAUAUAUACCUUAUCAGCCUGAUGCAGUUCCCUCCACUCGCACCGUGAUACUGGUGAUAGACACCAGCUCAACCUUUACGAUCGACCAGAUCAUUUUAUCCAAGCAGGAUUAUCGAUUUUAUUCUGCUAGCGAUCUAGCAACAUCACCGAUCAUGUCACGAGUCGUCCCGAGGCAUGAAAACAUCACCAACGAGCACAUUCGUGUGACCUUUUCCGACAGCACUGAUGAAGAACCCGUCAUUCAAGUCGUUCAUCGCGAAGCCUUCAUGCUGAGCCCGGUACUUCGAGAGAAUCUCCCCCCACCUAGUCCGAACAUCACGCAACCUACCGAGAUAGCCUUGCCGGAAAGUACGCGGGAACAUCCUGGUAUACGGCUACUGUUGGAGAUACUCGAUGAUCUCGCCGGCCACUUUGAUGCAGGCGCCGUGCUCGAAGAAUUGCUCCUGGUAACGGAACCAGGAAUCAUCGAGUCCGCACUGGUCAUGGCCGACAAAUAUGCAGUUACGACACUCUUCAAACAAUACUGUCACCUAUGGUGCUGUAGAUUGGAACGGUCUGAGCUGGAUCGUGUACUAGUCGCUCUAUGCCUGUGGGACCCUGUCAUCGCCAGAAACGUCAUGGGGUCCUGUAAAGGCAACGACACCAGUCACCCAGGAACCUGGCCAUCGGACUACAUCAACUUUAUCGGAUUUCGGCACUGGCAAACACUCGUCAGGAUCGUUGUCGACCACUGUAUCUCUCAACCAACAGCGGGGUACCAUUGCAUCUAUUGGCCCUCGGUCGCUGAACACUUUCCAUGGGACCAACCAGAAUAUUGGUCAGAAGGUCCGAAUCGCCGCGACGUCUUGUACGGCCCUUAGUCUGGACGAGAGAGAAGCUUUGGAUGUACCUUUAUACCAACGAGACCAGCACGGCCUCAUAGUUGUCGCCUUGAGAUAGACGUGCGGGCCUGGCCUUAUGUUAUGCUAUGGACGCUGAGGAGAGAGGGAGAGCUGUAUCCCGUUCUCAUCUACUAGUACAUAGGCCAUAGGAGCAGUACUUAGUCCAGUAACUACGAGGAUGCUUCUUCGGUCUCACCCGAAGCGACGAACGAGAACUUUCGAGCGGUAGUCCGCUCAACCUAUAGUACUAUAGUACACUACAUUAUUAUUAGUACUUUGGUGA